ACGAACGAGAGGCCUUUCUCUUGCGACGACUGCGGAAAGGAGUUUUCGCGCAAGGAUAAACUGAAAGAGCACCAACGCUCGGUGCACAUGAACGGGGGGCUUUUCGCGUGUAAAGACUGCGGGAAGACUUUUCCGCAAAAAGGUAGGCUGGUUAAACACCAGCACUCGGUGCACAUGAAAGAGAAGCCGUUCGCGUGUAAUAACUGCGGGAAGGCAUUUUCGCGCAAGGAUCAUCUAGAUCUGCAUAAGCGU